CGGCCGGAAACGAGUUAAGCCGCUCUCAGCGAGCGCCGCCUGCACUUCCGGGGACGUGAGCCUAGCUUCCCUGUAGGCGGCGCGGGAGGGAGAAGUUUGCAGGGCCGUGCUGGGAAGUUCACCUCCACUCCCAAUGUGAGCAGUUUCCCGGACGCUCUUUCGGAGAAGGUUGCCCAGAGCGGUGGUGGACGGGAACAUGAGGCGGCGUCUCCUCUUCCUGACCACUUUGGUGCCUUUAGUCCUGGCACCCCGACCUCCGGAGGAAGCAGGCUCUGGCUCCCAUCCGCGACUUGAGAAGCUUGAUUCUUUGCUCUCAGACUAUGACAUCCUCUCCUUAUCUAAUAUCCAGCAGCACUCCAUAAGGAAAAGGGAUCUACAGUCUGCGACACACUUAGAAACAUUACUAACUUUUUCAGCUUUGAAAAGGCAUUUUAAAUUAUACUUGACAUCAAGUACCGAACGCUUUUCACAAAACUUGAGAGUUGUGGUGGUGGACGGGAAAGAAGAAAGUGAGUACAGCGUGAAGUGGCAGGACUUCUUCAGUGGUCACGUGGUUGGUGAGCCUGACUCUAGGGUUCUAGCCCACAUAGGAGAUGAUGAUGUUACAGUGAGAAUCAACACAGAUGGGGCAGAAUAUAACAUAGAGCCACUUUGGAGGUUUGUCAAUGAUACUAAAGAUAAACGAAUGCUGGUGUAUAAGUCUGAAGAUAUCAAGGAUUUUUCACGUUUGCAGUCUCCAAAAGUAUGUGGUUAUUUAAAUGCAGAUAGUGAAGAGCUGCUUCCAAAAGGGCUCAUAGACAGAGAGCCAUCUGAAGAGUUUGUUCGCCGAGUGAAGAGACGAGCUGAACCUAACCCUUUGAAGAAUACCUGUAAAUUACUGGUGGUAGCAGAUCAUCGAUUUUAUAAAUACAUGGGCCGUGGAGAAGAGAGCACCACUACAAAUUACUUAAUAGAGCUAAUAGACCGAGUUGAUGACAUAUACCGGAACACGUCGUGGGAUAAUGCAGGGUUUAAAGGGUAUGGAGUGCAGAUAGAGCAGAUUCGAAUUCUCAAGUCUCCACAAGAGGUAAAACCUGGUGAAAGACACUUCAAUAUGGCAAAAAGUUUCCCAAACGAAGAGAAGGAUGCUUGGGAUGUGAAGACGUUAUUAGAGCAAUUUAGCUUUGAUAUAGCUGAAGAAGCAUCUAAAGUCUGCCUGGCUCAUCUUUUCACAUACCAGGAUUUUGAUAUGGGAACUCUUGGAUUAGCUUAUGUUGGUUCUCCCAGAGCAAACAGUCAUGGAGGGGUUUGUCCAAAAGCUUAUUACAACCCAACUGUGAAGAAAAACAUCUAUUUAAAUAGUGGUCUGACUAGUACUAAAAAUUAUGGUAAAACUAUUCUCACAAAGGAAGCUGACCUGGUUACAACUCAUGAAUUGGGACACAAUUUUGGAGCAGAACAUGACCCUGAUGGACUAGCAGAAUGUGCCCCAAAUGAGGACCAAGGAGGAAAGUAUGUCAUGUAUCCCAUAGCUGUGAGUGGUGACCAUGAGAAUAAUAAGAUGUUUUCAAACUGCAGUAAACAGUCCAUCUACAAGACCAUAGAAAGUAAGGCUCAAGAGUGCUUCCAGGAGCGCAGCAACAAGGUGUGUGGCAACUCCAGGGUGGAUGAAGGAGAGGAGUGUGACCCGGGUAUUAUGUACCUGAACAACGACACCUGCUGCAAUAGUGACUGCACACUGAAGCCGGGUGUGAGGUGCAGUGAUAGGAACAGUCCUUGCUGUAAAAACUGUCAGUUUGAGACGGCGCAGAAGAAGUGCCAGGAGGCUAUUAAUGCUACGUGCAAAGGAGUGUCUUACUGCACAGGGAAUAGCAGUGAGUGCCCCCCACCCGGAGAUGCUGAAGAUGACACUGUGUGCUUGGACCUUGGCAAGUGCAAGGCUGGGAAAUGCAUCCCUUUCUGCAAGAGGGAGCAGGAGCUGGAGUCCUGCGCAUGCGUUGACACUGACAACUCAUGCAAGGUGUGCUGCAGAAACCUUUCUGGCCCGUGUGUGCCGUACGUCGAUGCAGAGCAAAAGAACUUGUUUUUGAGGAAAGGGAAGCCAUGUACAGUAGGGUUCUGUGACAUGAAUGGCAAAUGUGAGAAACGAGUACAGGAUGUAAUUGAGCGAUUUUGGGAUUUCAUUGACCAGCUGAGCAUCAACACUUUUGGGAAGUUUCUGGCAGAUAACAUCGUUGGGUCUGUUCUGGUUUUCUCCUUGAUAUUUUGGAUUCCUUUCAGCAUUCUUGUCCACUGUGUGGAUAAGAAACUGGACAAGCAGUAUGAAUCCCUGUCUCUGUUUCAUCACAGCAACAUUGAGAUGCUGAGCAGCAUGGAUUCAGCAUCUGUUCGCAUCAUCAAGCCCUUUCCUGCACCCCAGACUCCAGGUCGUCUACAGGCCCUGCAGCCAGCUGCCAUGAUGCCGCCAGUAUCUGCGGCUCCAAAACUGGAUCACCAGAGGAUGGACACCAUCCAGGAAGACCCCAGCACAGACUCACAUGUAGAUGAUGAUGGCUUUGAGAAGGACCCCUUCCCCAAUAGCAGCACAGCUGCCAAGUCCUUUGAGGAUCUCACAGACCACCCAGUCACCAGGAGUGAAAAGGCGGCCUCAUUCAAGCUGCAGCGUCAGAGCCGAGUUGACAGCAAAGAGACAGAGUGCUAGUGGGGAACCUUGGCCUGCUCUAGGAGGACAUACACCUGCAGAUGUUCCAUAGAGCUGACCUGAAUCAAAACAUAGAUUAUAAUGAUCCGAGAAACGGGGAAGCAACUUAGCAGAUGCUGGUCAUGUGCUAUGACCGUCACAUGACAUCCUUUGUAGGCCCUUUGAAGAGGUGAGGUAAGUCUGGCUUAUGUAAGGCUUUCAGGUUUUGGGUUUUUCUUUUAUAAUCUAAAAUCUCCUUUGACCUGUGGUGCAGAAGCAGAAAGUAAGGCUGGAUCCCGUUCCUGCUGACAGCUCUGUUAAGUCUGUGUCCUGUGGGUCCUCUGACUACAGUGAAGCACUUAACAGAGAGGAUAACUGGAACACAGACGUACUUGUUUGUUUUGUUGUUUUUGGGUUUUUUUUUUGACCCUCAAGUAAAAGAGGAGCAAGAGAAACCUGCUUUCUCUUUCUUGUGUGUUGUCUCCAAAUGCAGCCUGUCUCUGCACUGAAUUCUUUGUAGAUGGAGAGACCUGCCUACACUUAGGAUCAUCUACAUUAAGAGCAGUCCUUUCCAAGAGGAACAGUUUAUAGAAACAGCCACAUGAACUUCAAGAUGGCCUAUUAACUGUUCAGCCCCAGAUUCCCUGGGAGGUUUUCCAUUUUACAAAUGUGUCUUCUUUAAACUGUUUGCCUUAAAAAAAAAAAAAAAAAAAUCAAUAUUGGGCUGGAGAGUUGGCCCCACAGUUAAGAGCAGUUGGUCUCAUUCCCAGCACCUACACGGUGGCUCUUAACUCUGUAACUCCAAUCCCAGGGGAGAUGACAUCUUCUGAACUCUAGGACACGAGGCAUACAUUGGUGCAGGCAAAACAAAGCCAAGUGCUGUAAGAUGUGGCAAUAACCACAAAACCUAUAGUGCCUCACAGUAUGGACUGAGUGGUGAGUAGACAUUCUUCCUGGAACCACUUCUGGACAGGCCGGGAUGUGCUGGCUGGCUAGGAAGAGGGGGUGGGGGUGGGAGAGUGGUGCUGCCAUCGGGGCCCAGCCCUAGAAGAACUGACCUUCAGUCUCGGCAAGUAGACACCCAUGUGACCUCUGGCUCUGGUGCUUCAGGAUGCUCUGUACUUACUGUGUGAGGAAUAAAUGCCAUUAGCCUGAAUUCUGGUUUCUAUAAAUUCUAGUUAUAAAUGCUUUUUUCUUCUAAGAAUUGCAGUGUGCUCACGAGCCAACACAUUUUAACCAAGAUAAUUUGUAAACUCUGAGGACAGUUAACCAAGCCUGUGCCUUGUCUCUCCUGAGGACGUCUGUUACACUAAUACUUGAAUAUAUACCUUGUGGUAUUUGCUCUUUACUAGUCAUGAUAGUCUUAUAUUUUAAUUACACUUUGAGGAUCUGCUAUAGGGAGAGUGGGGUGUGUGGGUGUAUGUAUGAAUGAAACAGUUGGCAGAAUAUAAGAAAACCAUUUUUAUAAAAUUGACUUUUUAAACCAAAAUUGUCUUAAUUGCAUUACUUUUUUUUUUCUUUUUGCCAUGUAUAGAAUUAAUAAGAUGCUCAGGGUAUAUUCUAUAGCUGUGGCAUUGAUGAUACCUGCUUCAGUCAAUAAAUACUGAAUAUCAAAGCAAUGGAUUAAGUAUAUAACAUUUCCCUGAAAAAUAAGUAGGUUUUUUGAUCAAUAAUCAUGAACAGAAGUUAAGCUUGGAAAAGACAUUUAAUCAAUCUCUCAAUGUCUGUGAAUUACUAAUAAAGCUACGCACGUGUUCACAGAAUGUUUG